AGAAAGAAAUAAAUUAAAGAAAAUUACAUUUUAAAAAAAAACUUUCAAAAAAUGUUAAAACAAAAAAAUAUAAAGCAGUUUUUUCUCAUAGAAUUUGGGAAGCAAAAUAAAACAUAAUUAAUUAUGACAACCAUAUUUCUAAUUCCAACUACUAUUUUGCUUAUAUCGACCAUUAUUUCCUUAUUCUAUUUUUAGUAAAUAAGUCUAGGUAUGAUUGAUGAUUUUGCAGAAAAUUUAUAUCAAGAUUAAAUAUCUAACUCUAAAAUUGUUAACACUGCUGUUGUCCAAUAAAUAAAUGGGUAAGUACAAAAGAUAGCUUGGCAUUUUAACAUGAUAAAUUAGUUCUAUGGAAAAUUACUAUUCAAUUCAGUUAAAAUUAAUAACAAUUUUAAACCUGCUUUCUUAAAUUAAUAUCAAACAAGUGUUAAUAAAGGAAAUUAGUAAGUGCUCAAUAUAUUUUAAAAAAAUCCUCUUUUAACUAGUACAUGGACUCAACCGAAUUUUGACUAAUUAUAACAAUUAAAUGAAACCUCUCUGCAAUAUAUCUUUUAAGCUAGUCACUUAGAUUUUAUAUGGAGAUCUAUCAAGUAUGAUGAUAAAAUAGAAAAUUUUAGAUGGAUGCAAAUUUAAACUAUGUACUAUGGAUAUGCAUCUGAUGGAAUGCUGUUUGGUAUGGGUAGUAAUGGUACCACAAAAGGGUAUAUUAUACCUCCUGGAUGUCCUUAUAAUGAUUAACCAUUUUUAUUUGAUUUAAGGUGCAGAUUUUACUAUUAACCAACAAUUAAAAAUAUUUCGAUUUCUGUAUUUCCUCCUGCGAUAAAUUUUAAUUAUGGGACUUAUUAUUUCGCUACCAAUAUUUGCUAAAGAAUAAAAAAAUAUUCCAGUUAAAAUGCGGAUUCAGAGAGUUCUGUGUAUGCGAUACUGUGCUCAACAUUAAAUUUGAAGUCUAUAUCUACCUACUUUAUUAACUUUAGUAAAAAUUCUGUCUACUAGAGGCUUUUAGAUCCUCGAUAGCUCUCACUUGUCUAUGAUUCAAAUACGCAAAUAAAAUCAGUUACUUAAAUUUAAGAUAUUGAAACUAAUUACCUCCAAGAUUAAUUGCAGGCUUAAAAUUAUUUAGGAGAAAUUAAUGCUCACUCAGAAUUUGUUCUUUAAGAAACUGAUACAAUAAAUUUAUCAAACCCUUAUUCAUAUAGCCAAAAUACUUUCGAAUACAAUAGAAACGGUACAAAGUGUUUUGCUAUUCUGAAUUCAGUAAUAAUGAUUGAUAAGGUACCUAAAUAAGAAACUCUAAAAACGGUUAACCCUGCUAAAAAGUACUAAAUAAAAAAUAUUUAUUUGUUUAUGGAUGUACUCUCAAAAAAAAAUAUGCAGAUUUACGCAUAAAAUCUUUAAGAUACAAUCAUAUUCUACAAUAAAAUAUUUUUAUACAUUAGUUGGGGUUUAAUAAUCCUCAUGCUUUUUUUUUUGAUAAUCUACUCAAUAUUAAUUGGAUUUAGCAUAUUUCAACCAGUUAUUCAUCUGAAAAACAUUCUUGAUUAAAUUAAAGUUUAAAACUAAAAAGAAAAGUUAAAGUAACCUCUUUCAACUUUACAAUACUCAUUCGCAAUGAGCAGUAGAACUUUAACUGAUGAGAAUAAUGAAAUAUUGAUAGAUGACUAAUUAGAUGCAGAUCUAGAGGGAUAUUGUCUUUCUAGUGAGACUCAGGAUCUUUUGAAUAGCUUUUAAAAUGUUUUCUAAACGUUGAAGUUUACAACAAAAAAUUUUUUUGGACAGAAUUAAAGUAUGUCAUUGCUAAAUUUAAACAACUAAGUUGAUCACUUUAAGCAGUUUAAAAAUUUAAGAGCUUUAGGAAUUUGCUAUAAUAAUAUGGGGAUAAUUCACUUGAACUCAUAAAGAUACCAAGAAGCUCUAGAAAAUUUUGGAAAUUCGUUAGUAUAUUCUAAAUAUGAAUUAGGUGCAUAUGCCCACGAAGAGGUUAACUAAUUUCUAAAUUAGCAACUGUAUGACUUCAAAAUUCUAUUUAAAAAUUUCCUAUUGAACAGUCUAAAUUAAGAAUAAAAUUUAUAACUCAGUCGGAUCGUAGCUUUUGUAGAAAAUUAUAAAUAAUAAAAUAAAAUUAGUUAUAUUGAUGAAGAUAUCGAGUAUUUGUUUUAAAAUUUGUUUAACAGAAAUCUAAAUUUUCAAAUAUCACAAAUAUUUUAUUUAUAACAAUAAAAUCUUUUUCUAUGGGAUUUAUUUGAAGAUAUGGUCAUUGAAAAUAUUGCAAUUAGUUAGCUUUAUCUUUCUCCUUCACAGAAAAGAGAGAUCUAAAGUUACUGUAAUCUACUCUCUGUAUACUUUAAUAACCAGAUUAUUAAAUGUACAAAUGGUGUACUCAAUAUCAUUAUGGAAUACUACCUGAGCAUAUUCGAAAAUGACCCUUCAAAAAACAUUAGUUUAAAUGACUCUAAAUCAAAAGAAUUAGAAUUUCAAAAUUCAUUUUAAAGUAAAGUUGAAUAUCUUGCAAAUCAAGAUUCCAUUCAUAUUAAAAAAAAUUUGAAAAAUUAAUUUGAGUCAAUAAUAAUUACUUCUCCUAUUUAGACUCGUAAGUCAAAAUAAAUAAAAAAGGAUUAUUAAAACAGACUUGACUUUAGCGAAAAUAUGAUUGAUUCUAAAAAAUCCUUUGAGCAAUCCUUGAAUACUAUUUUUAACUAAAUGAAUAAGGAAAAAAGUAAAUCAUUGCAACAAUAAAUUAUUUAGUAAAAAAUUUAAAAAGGAUACUAAAACUAAAACGUAAAUAAAAUCUUGAAAUCAAAAUAAACUUAGGAUGAAAAUUAAAGCUAAAAUAUAAAUUAUCUUUAAGACAGCUCACAAAAAAUAUUUUAAGGGGUGGAAAUUUCUAAUUAGCAGCUACUGUAAAAAGAAAUAAAUGUAGACUCUUACUAAAGAAAAAUCUCUAAUUUUGUCAAUACUUCAUUGCAAAAAAAUAAUAAAAUGCUUAAAACUUAAAUUAAUAAAGAAUAUCCUUUAAAAUAAGCAAAUUAAUAUCCAAUAAAUAAACAGGUUUAGAAUACUAAUUUGAAUAAAUUUAUAAAUCUUCUACUUUAUUCAAAUCUGACAAAAUAAGUUUUAAAAUUAUCAUUAAAUAAAGUUAGAAAAGAAUUCAAAGCAAACAAAUAAAAUAUUUAUGACUAUAGUUCUGAUGUAUAUUUUUAAUAUUGCACAAUUCAGCAAGCUAGUUUUCAAAUCUUAUAAUAAAACUACUACACAGCUGCAUUGAUACUUAUCAAAUCUUUAGAGGAAUGCAAAUAUUAUCUUCCCUACUUGAAAAGAAUGUAGAUCAACUUUCUCUCAAAGAUUUUUUAAGAGAAUAAUCUACCUUGCGCAGAGUUAUAAGAGAUUAAAAAUAAAUAUGAAACAUUCACUAAUUGCAAUUUUAACAUAUAUAUAAUAUCUACGUGCUACAAUAAGUACUUUUAAAAAAGACUCUGUGCUUUGUGUUGUGACAUAAUAAAUGAAAUACUUUUCAAAGAUGAUGACACUUUUGGUUUACUAAAUUAUAAUUUUGAACAACAAAUAUUCACUUAAACUAUCGGAGUUACUUCAAUAAAAACUAUCUAAUCAAACUUUUAAUUAUUCUCUAAACUAUUUUUGAUGCUUUUUUAAAGAGAUUCAAAAUUAUAAGAAUAAAAUACGAUAGCAUAAAGAUAAACAGUAAUCAGUCAAUAAACAGAAUUUGUAAAAGAAAAUAAUCUGAACAGCUUAAAAAAAAAAUAGAACUAGAUUUAAUCAAACGAAAAAUUAAAUUCGAAGAGUUUUAAAGAUACAUUAAAAAACAGAGAUGAAACUUAACCAAAAAUUUAAUACAUUUAGGGUAAAGAGGAAAAUCAGCAUACUGAAUAUUCUAUGAUAUCUCUUUUUAAUACAGAACCCGCCCAUGAACCCAAUAAUCUCUCCUAAGAUAUUUAGAGAAAUGAAACUUAGUUAACAGAAAAAUAAAAUAUGUUUACAAAUCAAAAUAAUAUUUUAAGCAAAUAGUUAUCUUUAAAUAGUAGUAAUAAUAGUUAUAAAAGUGAUGAAAUUUUGUAGGAAACUUCAGAUUAAUUUAAAUAUUUUGGAAUUGAAUCAUAAAUAAGUUAAAAGAAGAAUCUUACAGAUCUCUAACAAUCAAAUACUUUUAAAUCAACUAUAAAAAAAUAGAAUUCUUUUGAAUCUUCAAAGAGUUCUGAUAAUGAAAUGCAAAAUUUAAUAAAUUAUUCACAUGAAGAUACAGUAAUUAGCUUUUGUAAUUUCAAACAAGAUAGUAAUUAAACAAGUUAAAUUAAAAAAUACAAAUAAAACUUUCAAACAUAAAAUUCUUAAAAAUAAAAAAGUGAGUAAGUUUUUAUUUUGGGAAUUUUAGCAUGUCUGAAAUAAUUUGUUUUUAAUCUUGAUGAAAAAUUGACUACAUUCAUGGCUAAAUAAAAAUUUAGAAAUUAAAAUUAGCAAUAAUUGUUAAUUAAUAACAGUAGUUACACAUAUCUUAUUUAUGUGACUGAUCAAAAACUAAAUCUCAAAAAUAAGAUCUUGAUUUAGAAAUUGAUUAGACUAUUGGUAAAUCUACAAAUAUAAUUGCUUGUUCUAAAUCUUAACUAAAAUUAAAGUUUAGAGGAGUAUAAAAUACCUUCAAAUAUUUAUGAAAAUGGACGAUAAGUAAUCACAUUUUUUUCUUCUGAAGAAAAAUUGUAAUAAUAUAUAUAUAAUAAUAGAGAACAUAUUAAAAAUUGUUAUUAAACAACAAUUGUUGAGCAUUUCUGA